AACAUGGCGGACAGUGCUAGCGAGAGUGAUACGGAUGGUGCGGGUAGCAGCAGCUCUGCUACGCCACAAUGUUCAUCAUCUUCAUCUUCCAGCAAGCCGGGCAUCGUUAUAUCUCCAUUUCGUCUUGAGGAACUUACCAACCGACUUGCAUCCUUGCAGCAAGAGAACAAAGUAUUGAAAAUCGAGCUUGAAACGUUCAAACUGAAAUGCAAAGCUUUGCAGGAGGAGAAUCGAGAUCUGCGAAAAGCAAGCGUCACUAUUCAAGCAAGAGCAGAGCAAGAAGAAGAAUUUAUAAGCAACACACUCUUCAAAAAGAUUCAGGCCCUUCAAAAAGAGAAGGAAACGCUUGCUGUCAAUUAUGAAAAGGAAGAGGAAUUUCUGACCAAUGAAUUGUCUCGAAAACUUAUGCAAUUACAACAUGAGAAAGCCGAACUGGAGCAGCACUUGGAGCAGGAGCAGGAAUUUCAGGUGAACAAACUCAUGAAGAAGAUCAAGAAGCUGGAGAAUGACACCAUCUCAAAGCAGCUCACUCUUGAACAGCUGAGACGAGAAAAGAUUGACCUGGAAAACACUUUGGAACAAGAACAAGAAGCUCUGGUUAAUCGACUGUGGAAGCGGAUGGACAAACUAGAGGCAGAAAAAAGAAUUCUCCAGGAGAAGUUGGACCAGCCCGUCUCUGCUCCUCCAUCCCCUCGAGACAUCUCUAUGGAGAUCGACUCUCCAGAGAACAUGAUGCGACACAUCCGUUUCCUGAAGAGCGAGGUGGAGAGGUUAAAGAAGAACCUGCGUACGGCAGAGCUCCAGCACACGGAGAAGCGGGCUCAGUACAUCGAGGAGGAGAGACACAUGCGUGAGGAGAAUAUUCGGCUGCAGAGGAAACUGCAGAGAGAGGUGGAGCGCAGAGAGGCCUUGUGCAGGCAGCUGUCUGAGAGCGAGUCCAGUCUGGAGAUGGACGACGAGAGGUACUUUAACGAAAUGUCGGCACAAGGCUUGCGACCCCGCACUGUUUCCAGUCCCAUCCCCUACACGCCUUCUCCCAGCUCCAGUCGACCCAUCUCACCAGGUCUGUCGUAUGCCAGUCAUGCAGUAGGCUUCACCCCUCCGGCGACCCUAACCCGAGCGGGCAUGUCCUACUACAACACCCCAGGUCUCCACGUGCACGUGGGCACGUCACAUGGCAUCGCGAGGCCUUCCCCCAGAAGAAGCAACAGUCCCGAUAAAUUUAAACGUCCAACGCCUCCGCCUUCCCCCAACACGCAAGCAGGAGUUCAGCCUCCACCACCUCCUCCCCCAGCAUCACAGCCCAUGGCGUCCAGCCCACAUCCUCCGAGUCAGCCCCUCCCCAGCAGCACACGGCGCAGCAGCCCUAAGAGCAGGAGGAGGAGGAGGAGCCGUGUGGCCUCCUGCCGGAGUGGACUGGGCCACGGUGACUUACAGUACCCAGAGCCAAAGGCUUACAACUACUACCCUGUGUAAAUUGAAAUCGACAUCCUCUUGCACUGAGAUCACGUUGGCUUCACUGUUAUCCGUGUUGUGUUCAUGUUUUUGUUAUUUUUUUUUUUUUGGUCCUUAGAAAUCGGUCGAUGUUUUGGCAUAACAGUACGAAACCCUGGGUUGAAUAUGGUCAGCGCUCACUCGUGCUCCUGUCUUCGUUCGGUAUGCAGAUUAACACGACUCCCCCUAGGUCCUCUGUGCUGUCGGUGCUUUUGGUUUGAUUUUCAGGAUUUGAAAAGGGAAAAUACAUUUUUUUUUUAGUGCAGGAGUAUAGAAUCCACCUCUAAAGAUCUCUGCUACAUUCUUCAUUUGGCUCUUUAAUAUGUGGUAAAUAAUAAAACAAAAGGUACUACUGGAAUCACCUUCAAUAGCCCCACGGACGUAUAGCAUAUAUGUAUGGUGAAAUGGAUCAUUUCAAGACAUUAGAGACAGUCUAAUGGAAAAAGCCGCAGCUCAGGUUUAAGUUAUACUAAAUAGAUGGAUCUAUGGUAGAGAUGGAAGAGCUGGUAAUGGCCUUUACAGAAGAGCUUUAUAGAAAGCAACCAUCAUUCCACAUCACUGUUGCAUAUUUAGUGAAUUACCUGGUAGAUAACGUAUUGAGAACAGUAAGAGAGCCCCUCAGUUGUGCCUCAUGAAAAAAACAAAACAAAACAAAAAAAAAAAAACAGCAAUAUGCAUUUAAGCGUUAUUCAACCAAGCUUCUGUUCUAUACAUUAGAUGCAAAAGAGCAAUGUGUAUUUACACUAAUGUUUGGACAUUUGUUAACUUCAGUCGCUUGUACGCCAAGUAAUUCAUUUUCGCAGUGUGCAGUCGAGCACCUUUGUUUGCUCAAAGGGUGGUAAUGGUUUACUUUUCUGCUGCUGUUGGUUGUAUUGCACAGUUUGCAUCUCCCAGAAUCUUGCCUUCUGGAAAUGUACUUACAACUCUGUUUGUAUUUAAACCUUUGGCUGCAAACCUUUGAUAAAAUUGCCUUGGUAUAGACUGAGAUAUGGGAUUGUAGGAGGAGCAGCAUCUUAGGACAAGUUCUGAAUAUCACCUCCCUGAUUCUCCUUAAGCAGUGUCAAACUGGUACCACUGUGACUUUUCAGAAUGUGUUAUUGAAUAUUGCUACUUGGACUGAUUUAUGGAAAAUUGUGCUCCUCUACAUCCACCUAUGUGGUUGAGAGAAUUUACAAAGAGCAAUUGUAAAUAAAUACUUUUUUUUAUGCUUUGCAAAAACGUGGGGAAAAUAGUUGUUUUUUUGACGUGUUUGGGAGUGUGUUCUCUGGUAGUGUGUAUUUGUGAUUCUGUCUAAAUCCUUUCUUUGUCCCUCAUGUUGACACUAGGUUUCGCCCAUUUUUGGGAUCAUUCACCUGUUAAUAAAGGCCACGCAGUCUCUGCAGCUAAAUAGGCUGAAAAAGAAACCCAAAGCACUUGUAUUGUAUGUUGUUUAGACAAUACCCUAAUUUAUUAUUGAAAUGAGAAGAUCAAAAAGAAAUCUGCUAAAUCCAAGUAUAAUUCCUGGACAUUUUCAUUGUAGUAAAAGCACUUUCCUUUAUAGGCUUACACAACUUGGUGUCUUUAGCCGUUUGCCGUGGUAAGCCAGUUUAAGUAACCAGUACUUAUACCAGCCAUCACGGCCUUUUACUGGACACCAUAGAGUCAUACUUUUGGUCAGUUUACUCAACAAGGGGUAUGCUUACAGUGUAUAGUUAAUCUGUGUUUCAUGUUUCAUUUCCCAAAUCUUUUUUUUUUCUUCUUUUUAAUCUUUAGUCUGCCGUUUUACUGUUUUGAUUGUAAAUAGACUAUAUGUCAUUGUAAGAAAACUCAUUUGUUUCACCGUAAGGUGUUAAAGUACAUUUCAUUUUUUUUUUAAUCAGAAAUCUCUCUUUUUUUUUAAAGACUGUUGACAAAUGAAUGUAAAGUUUGCUUAUGUUUUACUGUUAUCGUUUAUGGAUGGAACACCUUUGAGCCUUAACUCACUGUGGUAUUGCUAAAUGUCAGCAUUAUCUAGCUUAUCCCCACAUCAAAUAAUUAAAGCCUUAAUAUGUGGUUAAAGCA